AUGGACGAGCUUCCAACAGAAGUGACUAACUUCUUGCUUUACUUCGCUAAAGUUAUUGAUGAAGAGAAUGUGGCCGAGAUCCACAAUUUGUACGAACACGGAUUCCCCGAUUUGACCGAGCGUUUCUUCCGCCCGACAGAGCGCAUGUGGCCCGAUGAGACCGUCGUGGAGAAUAUAGUUGGAUCUGACAAUCGUCUCUUCAUCAUUCUCUACAAAGAACUUUACUACCGUCAAGUGUAUGCUCGCAAUCAACGAGGGCCAUCGCUCAAUCAUCGCUAUGAAAGCUUCAUGAACUAUCAGGAUCUCUUCUCGGAGAUUCUCGGAAGCAAGGAACCGUUGGCACUCACUCUUCCGAAUAUCUGGCUAUGGGAUAUCGUUGAUGAAUUUGUGUAUCAGUUUCAAGCCUUUUGUCUGUACAAGGCAAAUCCAGGAAAACGAGCGGUCGAAGAAAUUGAUGAGUUGAUGCACAUUGAGGAUAAUCAAAAUGCUUGGAACGUGUAUCCGGUGUUAAACAUUCUCUACUCGCUGCUCAGCAAAUCGCAGAUUUCGCAACAACUUCAGAUGAUUCGAAACAGAAAAAAUGCUGAUCUUGUUGCUGAUGAAUUUGGGCAAUCACCUCUCUACUUCAAGCUCGGCUACUUCUCGUUGAUUGGAUUGUUGAGGACUCAUGUGCUGCUCGCCGAUUAUCACCAAGCGCUCAAAACUGUGGAAUCUCUCGAGUUUGAUGCCAAGGGUCUCUACAACACGGUUCCUUCUUGCUUUGUGACAUUGCACUAUUUCGUCGGCUUUUCGCAUAUGAUGAUGCGCAACUAUGGAGAGGCGACAAGAAUUUUCGUGAAUUGCCUCCUUUUCAUCCAACGAACCAAAUCUCUACAACAAACACAACAAAAGAAGAACUUCCAAUAUGACGUGAUUGGCAAGACUCACGAUCAACUCUUCCAUUUGCUGGCCAUUUGUUUAUCACUUCAACCUCAGCGUAUCGAUGAAUCGAUUCAAUCGCAGCUUAUCGAGAAGAUGGGCGACCGAUUGAGCCGUAUGUCAAAUGGAGAGGUAGACGAGUACAAGAAUGCUUUCAUGCUUGGUUGCCCCAAAUUCCUUUCACCAACAACAGUCGUUUAUGAAGGCGGAAAUCAGUCAAAGGAGCCAUUGUUGAGACAAUGUCAAGCUUUUCUAGAUGGAAUUGAGAGUCAACGAGCGGUGCCGAUUCUGCGAGGAUAUUUGAAAUUGUACACAUCGUUGCCCACUCAAAAACUAGCUUCUUUUAUGGACGUCGGUGAGGGAGAAUUCGACUCAUUUCUGGGGAAACUCCUCUCGUUUAAGAUGUUGGUCUCGGGAUUGGGAAAGGGUUCGGCAGACGAUGAUGCCGAGGAAAUGGAGAGCACCCCACAGGAUAUCGAUUUUUAUGUCGAUAAGGACAUGAUUUGCAUUGCGGACACGAAGGUUUCGCGACGAGUUUGUGAGCAUUUCGUUAAGCACAUUCACAAGCUGAUUGAGGUCCAAAAGAUGCUCAAGGUCGAGGCGAAGCCC